UAUAAAUGCAAUAAAUAAGCUAUUCUGCUUACCUGCUUAAGAAAGCUGGAAGGGCCAGCCAGAUAGAGAUGUCAGUCGCCAAUCUGGCAUGCAGAGAUCUCCAUGUGGUUGCAAUUGGACCUGCGCCAGUUGCAAAAUGUGCCUGGCACCUGGGGAAUUUCUAACACUAGAUGUCUCUAUUGCUGCCUUCGCCCACUGCACACGUGUACCUGGCUCCAACACUGAAGUCAGUGGUAAAGUCUGCUUCCAUAGGAGACUCUCAUGUCUCCUGUGUAUCAGUGGAACUGUUUAGGCUUAGAGCUGCUGCUGCUGCUUCUGACCCAGGCUAGGGUGUUGUUGCUUUUCUUUGUGAGCCCUGAAGAUGGCAGCAGAAGCCAAUCAUGUCCAUUCAGGGUUUGAGAUGGCAGAAGUAAAUGAUGGCCCACCAAACAGCCGUCGCACGAUCUGCCUAGAACGUAUAGAAAAGAGCACAGACAUCAAGGCACACGUGCUGAAGAAAGUGAAGAAAAAAUGCACCUGCACCCCAGCUACUGCCAAAGACCUGCUCUUCAGCUUCCUCCCAGUGCUGAAAUGGCUCCCCAAGUACAACCUGAAAGAGAACAUCUUGGGAGAUUUAAUGUCUGGCUUGAUCGUGGGGAUCUUGCUGGUUCCGCAGUCCAUUGCCUAUUCUCUGCUGGCUGGCCAAGAACCUAUCUAUGGCCUUUAUACGUCGUUCUUUGCAAGCCUCAUUUAUUUCCUGUUUGGAACUUCCCGUCACAUCUCUGUUGGCAUUUUCGGUGUACUGUGCCUGAUGAUAGGAGAAGUAGUGGACCGUGAAGUACAGAGAGCUGGGUAUGAUUUGGCAUCAAACGUUCCUAGUAGUUAUAACUCAGACAUGCAUCUUUCCGUAAAUAACAGCACACUGGGGCCUUUGACUGUGAAUGAGACAUCACAUUUGUUAUGUGACAGAAGUUGCUAUGCAAUUAGCGUUGGAGCCACGGUGACUUUCGUUGCUGGCAUUUACCAGGUUGCCAUGGGCUUCUUCCAAGUGGGCUUUGUCUCUGUGUACCUCUCUGAUUCCUUGCUCAGCGGAUUUGUUACAGGUGCUUCCUUCACCAUCCUUACCUCACAAGCCAAAUACCUCUUGGGCUUAGACAUUCCCCGUAGCAACGGCAUUGGUUCCUUGAUAACCACUUGGAUGAACAUAUUCAGAAACAUCCACAAGACCAACUUCUGCGAUCUCAUCACCAGCUGCUUGUGCCUUCUUGUUCUUAUCCCAACUAAAGAGCUGAACGAGCGAUACAAAUCCAAACUUAAGGCGCCCAUGCCCACUGAGUUGGUGGUGUUAGUGGUAGCCACACUGGCAUCUCAUUUUGGGAAGCUAAAAGAGAAGUAUGGCUCCAGUGUUUCUGGGCAUAUUCCUACCGGGUUUUUGCCACCGCAAUCGCCAGACUGGAGUCUGAUUCCCAGUGUGGCUCUGGAUGCAGUGGCCAUAGCCAUUAUUGGCUUUGCCAUCACAGUUUCUCUCUCUGAGAUGUUUGCCAAGAAGCAUGGCUACACAGUUAAACCCAACCAGGAAAUGUAUGCCAUUGGUUUCUGCAACAUCAUCCCUUCUUUCUUCCAUUGUUUCACUACUAGCGCAGCCCUUGCCAAGACACUUGUCAAAGAGUCGACAGGCUGCAGGACUCAGAUCUCCGGUGUGGUGACUGCCUUGGUCAUCUUGUUAGUCCUCCUUGUGAUUGCUCCCCUGUUCUAUUCCCUCCAGAAAUGUGUGCUAGGGGUCAUUACCAUUGUCAAUCUCAGAGGAGCCUUGCGGAAAUUCAGUGACCUGCCCAAAAUGUGGCGGUUAAGCAAAGUGGACACAUUGAUUUGGUUCGUCACCAUGUUAUCUUCAGCACUGAUAAGUACUGAACUUGGCCUCCUGAUUGGGGUCUGCUUUUCAAUGCUGUGUGUCAUUGUGAGGACGCAGAGACCAGAAGGGCACUUACUGGGCUGGGUGCCAGAAUCUGAAGUCUAUGAACCCCUUCCUGAAUAUAGGAACCUUCAGAUGAAACCAGGGAUCAGGGUUUUCCGUUUUGAAGCACCCAUCUACUACGCUAACAAAGAGAGCUUCAAGUCCAUGCUGUACAAGCAGACUGGAGUCAACCCUCUGUGGGAGUUGGCAGCAAAGAGAAAAGCGGAAAAGCGAAAGCUUAGUGAGAAAAUGGUCAAUGCCAACGGAAACCAGGCAGAGGUCUCAGUACAGCUUGUCACUCACCCACUGGAGUUUCACACUAUAGUGAUUGACUGCUGUGCGGUGCAGUUCUUAGAUACAGCAGGGAUCCACACGCUCAAGGAGGUUCACAAGGAUUAUGGGGAAAUUGGCAUCCAAGUGCUGCUGGCUCAGUGCAGUCCCUCUGUGAGGGAAUCCCUAGACCGAGGGGAGUACCUUAAAAGGGAGGAACAAUUCCUCUUCCAUAGUGUGCACCAAGCUGUGGAAUACGCAUUUUGUGCUCACGGGAAGCAUGGGCUCUGCGCCUCCGAAAGCUAAUUUCACUAAAGAGUGAAUGGUGAAUAUUAGCCAAAUUCAGGUAAUGGCAGACUUGUGUGUGAGAGAGAUGAUGCUGGGCAUACACUCGCACAGAAGUAAAGGGCUAAUUAUUUUAUUCAUAUGGUGUGGGAUUGUACAAGAAGUUUUGAUGCUUUAAUUUUGCUCUGUUGGACACAACAUUAAGAAGGUGAGAGGCAAGGUGGAUUAUUAUGUCUACAAGCUCUCGUGACAGACAAGCAGAACAAAUACUCUUUAACACCAGAUGUGCCUCAUAGUCACAGUCCCUUCUCCUUUUAGUGUUUUCAUGUCCCCAAUUUUUCACCUCGCCUUGAAGCCCACUUUGGUGUAUGAAAAUAGUGCUGCCAUUCUGGGUGGUUCCCCCCGCCUUGAAAUAAUAAAUAUGGUUUGGAUCCUAAACAACAGGAAGUUAAUGGAAGGAAGGUUUUCGGUCCUUUUUGCUUAUCUACAGAGGGUCAGGAGCCCCUUCUGAACAAAGUAGAUGAGGUACUGAGGGCUGCUGGGGAAGGAUAGAAUAUUUUAAGAUUGAGUGGAAAUCUGCCCAAUAUGAGGUGAUUCUCCCCUCCCUCAGCAGGCUCUCACAUUAUUCAGGAGAAUCCCCAGAUACUGUGAGGAGGCUUUUUAGGGGGCCCAGGCAGUAGCAUGGCGGAAGAUGGAAUAGGGAACUUUCGUUCCAUUCACUUACCUUAAAAUCUAAGCUUGUGCCAUUUGAUCAAAUUUGUAUUUUCAACUAAUC